AUGUGUAUUGAGAAGCAAACUGAGUUCCUCUCAUAUGAAGGUGAUUCCCUAACUCUGGUCUUUAUUGUCCUCUCUGUUGUGUCUCUUUUAUUAGUGACAGUUAUAAUAGGAAUGUUUAUUUCAUUCCGAGACACUCCCUUAGUGAAGGCCAACAAUCGCAAUCUGAGCUUUAUUCUCCUUUUCUCCAUCAAUCUGAGCAUCCUCUCUGUGUUUUUGUUCCUUGGUCGCCCAUCUGAUAUAACCUGCAUCCUCCGACAAACCUCUUUUGGGAUCAGUUUCUCCAUAGCUAUAUCUUCUGUCCUGGCAAAAACAAUUAUGGUUUGUAUUGCUUUCAAAGCCUCCAAGCCUAAUAGUCCUUGGAGAAAAUGGCUGGGAGUCAAAAUCACAUAUUUUAUAGUCAUUAUUUGUUCAUUCAUUCAGUUUCUAAUUAGUACUAUCUGGCUGAUCAUUUCUCCUCCAUUCAUGGAGCUCAACAUUCUGUCUGAACCUGGAAAAAUCAUCAUUCAGUGCAAUGAGGGCUCUGUCAUUGCCUUCUAUAUUGUCCUCUCCUACAUGGGAUUGUUGGCAUCUGUGAGUUUCAUUGUAGCUUUCUUGGCUCGGACAUUACCGGACAGUUUUAAUGAGGCCAAGUACAUCACUUUCAGCAUGUUGCUCUUCUGCAGUGUUUGGAUCACAAUGAUCCCGGCCUAUCUGAGCACCAAAGGCAAAUACAUGGUGGCAGUGGAAAUAUUUGCCAUUAUCUCUUCAAGCUGUGGCCUUCUCUUCUGUAUAUUUCUACCCAAAUGUUACAUUAUUAUAUUUAAGCCAAAUAGGAAUACAAAGCAAUAUUUACUGGGGAAUAAUAAAUAG